GUCGACUAGUUGUCUGCAGGCAAAGAUGGCGGUGCGGAAGAAAGACGGCGGCCCGAAUGUAAAAUAUUUCGAAGCGUCUGACACCGUUUCUCAGUUUGAUAAUGUCCGCGUCUGGCUGGGGAAGAAUUAUAAAAAGGUACUGACCGCAUGUUUUGUAACCAGACACACUAAAGCUGACAUUCUCAGCCUGAAAUGUGGGCACUUAUCUGUUAGGCAGAGGCAGUGACAAAGAGAGGAGGGAGGGUGCUGCUGAACAUCCAGCUGUUGGAUUCACGCGAGCCGGGAUACAAAAGGAUGCUGAGACAACAGCUGCACCACGAGCAUCCGCGAAUGUCGUUUCCCCCGUAGCGUUAUGUUAUUGUAGCUGAAACGUUAAAGAGCAGCACAUAUGAAGACCUAGAGGAGGAUUUCUUUUGGGGAAAAGGGUGACUUUAGCUGGCCAGUCAGCUAGCUAGCUCGGUAGCUAGGAGGCUCGCGGUAAUGCAGCUCAGAUCCAGAUGUUUGCUCUGUGGCGCGGCGCUCAAUGAAGAAACCCGUCUGAGCUUUAACAUGCUCUGCUGCGUUUAUACUCAACGAUUAGGUAUUAAAAGGCUCAAAACAUACCAAUGUUUAAGAAAAUGUUUAAGAAUACAAGGUUUGGUUUUAAAUCCUAUAGGGGAGAGUGGGGUAAGAUGGGCCAUUUUUCAUAUUUCGGAUCACUACAUCAAGGCAAUCAUAGUUUUGUCUCUAACUAGUGUAUCUGCAUAUAUUUCAAGAUGUUGUGCAUCCCUGCAAACCAACAGAAUGAGUGUAAACAGAACUGUCUUGAUAAUAUAGCAUGCCAAAAAAAGUGGUCUCCCUCACCUUCUCUCUCCCAACAGUCACUUCUUCACAUUCAUGUGUAUUUUUAUUUAUUAUAAACUAUUCAACUUGUACAAUACUUCUUAAUAUUAUUAUUGCAUAUCACUGCUAAAAAGCUGUUUUGUAAAAAGAAAUAUUUUAACAUGAGAAUGCCUUUAAGUGAUUCAGAACAUUCACAGCUGUAUUUUUGAAAAGAAAAAGUAACACAUUUCAACAAUCUGAACUGAAACUCUGAUCCUCUCAUCAGACUCCUUUACUUUCUCAGUUGAGCCACUGACUCAACUUACCCCAGAACUACUAUUAUUACUUUAAUAAUCCUCUAAGCUAAAAUGGUGGACUUUUAUGCUAGGUUUUUGACCUCAUGUUGUAGCUCAUAAAUACCACAAUUGAUGUAUAAAACAAAUUUAAAUGAUCUUUUUUUGGUCUGAAAACAAUUCUAAUAAAACUUAUGACAGACUAAAUUCCCUUUCAAGAGUGAAAAAUGUUUUUUUGUAAAUUAAUAUCCAACCCCUUCACCCAUGUGCUUCUAACCUUCACAGACUCCAUGAAUUGAUGCCCAUCUCCUAAAUAUUUGGUCACAUGAUCAAUUUCUUUUACCAUUUCCAAGCAACAGGGGGUGGCUCAACUUAUCCCACUCUCCCCUAUUAGAUAUUACAGAACACAGCUAUGCCCUGAUAAAAAUCAAACACACAGCAAUUCCCCCCUUUUUCAAAAUAUACUGACCAGAAACAAAAGUCUAUCUACAUACUUCUGUAUUUGUCUCUAACUGUCUUUAUGUAUUUCUGUCCUCUCAGUACAUCCAGGCUGAACCCCCUACCAACAAGUCUCUUUCCAGCCUGGUGGUCCAGUUACUCCAGUUCCAGGAGGAGGUGUUUGGUCGACAUGUCAGCAACCCUCCCCUUACAAAGCUGCCGGUACGCCUCAGUCAUCCACAUCUACAUAUUUAAAAAAUUAAACCAUUAUGAGGCGUUCUGAAAAAUCCUGUGUUGCAUUUGCAGAUGAAGUGUUUCCUGGACUUCAAGUCAGGAGGGGCUCUCUGCCACAUCCUGGCUGCUGCCUACAAGUUCAAGAGUGACCAAGGAUGGUAGGACUUUCUUUCUAGCUGAUUGAAAUACUUAGACAAAGCAAAACUGGCUUUGAUACCUUAAUUAUCAGUGCAUAAAUGUAUUUUGGCUAAGAAGCCGUUUCGUGUGUAACUCCAGUCUAAUUUCCUGGUAGGCGCAGGUUUGACUUCCAGAACCCGUCGAGGAUGGACCGAAAUGUGGAGAUGUUCAUGACGAUUGAGAAGUCCUUAGUGCAGGUAGAACUGUUUUUAUGCUUCUUUGAAACACACAUUACCUGAAAGUAAUAAUUUAAUUGUAAAUCUUUCACGUUUUAGUGUAGUGGCAACCAGUAUUUUGUCUUUUUCUGCUAAAGCACCAAAGCUAAACAAUUACAAAGAAAACACCAUAAUUCUACCAUAUCUUCUUUAGUUACAUCAUAUUGGUGAAGUGUUUGGACAGUUAGGCUGUCUAAACUUUGAAGACAGAAUUGAUGAAAGGCACUUGGUCAUGUGACAGAAUGAGUAACCCUACUUAAACCACAAAAUCAUCAAAUUUUCCUUAUCUAAAAUGUUAAAACUGCCAAGAUGUAUUUUUUUAAUGGAAAUUAUCUGAAAUUAAAGAUAUUCAUUUUCCUGCUGAUUCAGGUAUUUGCUUGUAAAUGCAUCAAAUGUUUCAUUAUUUUCACAUCUAUUGUAUCAUUUCAGAACAACUGCCUGACAAGACCGGUCAUCUACCUGAGCUCUGACAUAGAGCCUAAACUGCUGGGAAAGCUGAAAGACAUUAUCAAAAGACAUCAGGUACUUUUCCUUUUUGUCUUCUUAUUACAGUCAAAGAAUUUUUCCCUUGUUUGGAUUCAAAAAUACACCUGUGUUCAAAGGUUAACUCGUAUCUCCUUGAGUUCCUUCAAUCUCCAAAUUGUUCAGAUGUUUUUCCUCAUCAUAUGAAUCAACUUCAUCUUUCACAGGGAUCAGUCACAGAGGACAAGGCCUCCAGCUCCCAUGUUGUUGUUCCUAUUCCCAGCAGCCUGGAGGAAGGUGAGAUUUCAGAUGUUGUGUUUUUAGCCACCUUUGUCCUUUUUAAAUUUUAAUGCACUUUUUCCACUCCGUAUAUUUUCCUUUUUUUGCUCCAGAGGAGUGGGUGCGUCCUGUGAUGAAAAGAGACAAACAAGUGCUUCUCCACUGGGGAUAUUUUCCUGACAGGUACCAAAUUCAAUAUUUUACACCUGUUGCCUCAUCUUAUCAUCAGACGUUUAACUCAUUUCCCAAACAUGGGAGGGAAUCUGUUGUACUCUUGUUCUCUUGAAGCUUCUUUCUACCUCAUGCUAGACACAUUAGUCCUUCUGCAAUAUGUUUAGAGGCUUUCUUCUUUGCUGUAACCUUCGACCUUGGAUCUUACAUCCUUUAGCUAUGAUACUUGGAUUCCAGCCAGUGAGAUUGAAGCUGCAGUGGAGGAUGCUCCCAGCCAGGAAAAGCCCAGAAAGGUAUUUAAAUUCAUGUCAUGCACUGUUCUUUGCUUCAGAGUGAAUUUAGUCUCCUUAUUUCUAUCAUCUGUUUCAUAUUUGUAGGAUUUAUUUCCUUGAUUUUCCCCCUUAAUCUAAUAAAGGUCAUUAGCCUUGGAUGUAAUUUAGUAUAUUUCACUGGUCAGUUGCAUGUACUGUUUUUAAAGGAUGCAUGAAGGACCACAAAAACAGACUUUUUGAAAACUUAUUUACAUCAGAGUUGAAAAAAAAAAGUUUUCUGUGCAACAUCAAUCUGUAUAAGGGUCAGUGACAAAUAAGGGUUUGCAUCAUGAGUAAUUCAAAACUGUUUUAAUAAAUUGUUUUAAAAGUUUGCAUUAGGUUUGCUAAGAUGUAUGCUUUGUAUCUCUGUUGGUUUCAUAUAAUUUCAAAUAGCAUUUAAACCUUUUUUUACUAAAUGAAUGAUGGACUUCCUUUGACAAUGUCUAGUGGUGUAACCACAACAAAAGGGGAAAUAUUUAAUACUUAUUUCCACCUAUAGUGUAUGCAAGUGUACUUAAAAGUUACUUAAUCAUAAUAUAUCAGUUGAAAAUACAUUUUGUUAGGGUUUUUUUUUACAAAAACAUUGGAUGCAUUUUUGCAAUAUAGAGCAGAAGAAAAGCUAAAAAGAGCUGGCAUUUUCUAAAUAACAUUUGACAAAUCAUGUUGAAACUGUAAAGAUAUUAUAUCUGUUAAGAUGUUAGUGCAUUGCAAUAGAGGAGUACAUUCCAUUCCCCAUGCAUUUUCUCAAAUAUUAUGUUUUUCUUAAUGAAAAAUUCUGGUUACACCAAUUGACACAAACCAGUUACUGGGUUUUGAUGGUUACACCACAUUGACAUUUUUCCCAUUAUUCCCUGAAUAUUCCCUCAAAAUGGAUAAAAUCUAGAAAUUUUAGACAAGGUCUUGAAAAAGAGAACGUAUCCAAGUAAUUAGUGGAUUUAUUUUUGAAUUUUAGCCUUUUCAAAUCGAAGUAAACCAUUGGAAGAAAAAGAAAACUGUCACGUCACUGACCCAUAAAUGGAAGAAAAUGUAAAUCUCACCCUUUUUUUGUUAUAUGACAUGAGAGUCUUGAUAGGAUUGUGAAGCAGUUAAAUAUGUAGGACUGAAUGAACAAAAUCUAGAGUCAUGCUUCUCUGUGUACUCACAGCACGAUUGUCUGGAUCAGUAAACUGACAAUAACUGACUGACUGCUGCCUUUACCUCCUCUAAUAAUGCUGCAUUUACUUGACAUCUGGCACAUGCAGAACUUUCAGCUCAUGUGCUGCUUUGUGGAAAAGUUUUAUGUGAAAUUAUGCAAAUUAUGAAAAUAGUCUGCAGAACGUGUGAAGGUGUCAUUACCCAGCUGUAAAGCAAAAGUAGGUCCAGUAACGACCUCCAUCAAUGUCAUCGUAACUCUACUGUUGAAACUAAACCCAGAGACAUUUGGUGAUGUCUAGAAGAUGCUCCAACUCUACUUUUCUUUCUCUGACAUGGUUUCAUGGAUAUACUUUGAAGUAAAAUUUUGACCUCUCUCUCAGUUUUAUGAUUUAGUAUCAAUAUUGCUCACACAUUGUACACAUUGUGUGGUCUUUUCCUCAGGUUCACGCCAAGUGGAUUUUAGACCUGGACCAGUAUAACGAGUGGAUGAACGAAGAAGACUAUGAAGUGGGUGAGGGCUGCCCCAAGAGGAAGAGGAUCUCAGCCAAGACCCUGACCGAUGAGGUGACCACGCCUGACGAGCGCAGGGAUAAGAAGCCUGGUAGUGCCAAGAAGAGAAAGCGCUCACCGUCGCCCUCCCCGACACCCCCGCCACAGGAGAGCAAGAAGAAGAAUACCAAAAAAGCGUUUGUGACCUCAUGUCUUUAUGAAGCACACCACUGCUGUACUGUUGGUCUCAGUGUCAGUAUCAUCAAAGACAAUAAUGCAAUAUAAUGUCCUUUAUGUGUGUUGCUGUGUCUGUGUGUGUGUACAGCCCAACCACUCCAUACACCAAGUCCAAAAGGGGACAGAGGGAGGAAGAACAGGAGGACCUUAGCAAAGACUUGGAUGAAGCGUCACCUCUUCCACCAUCUGAAGAGGGGAACCCAGCAAAGCCAAGUACACAAGUCCACAUAACCUUACAAACACUAGCUCACCUCCAACUUUAGAAAACUAUUCAAAUCGACAUAAGUUGUCAUUUUUUGUGCUUUGAAGUAAGUUUUGACUUCUUCUAUUUCCACAGAUAACACAAAGAAGGACUCUGACUCAACUCCAGUCAAGGGAGAUAUAGGUAAGACGUCUCCUUCAACUUGACUAGUUUCUUGUCUCUGUUUAGUAUUAGAUCAUUUAAAAACUGCUUCAAGGUAGGAUUUGAUUUUAAUAUAUCAAGUAUAAAGAAAGAUAUUUAUUACCUUUUUUAACAUGUUCCUUGAGACUGUAAUCUCUCCCAGCGAGGUGAAAGAAAUACUCGCUCCAAAAUGUAAAAAAGUUUUAUUCAUUUUGAGUGUUAAUCUUGUGAUGGCCCGUUUUUGUUCAAUGUAUUCUUCUAUAGAGAGGAUUUCUCCAGCCUCUUUAACAUAAUGUAUGGACAUUAACUUAGACGGUGUAUUUGUUUUCUAACAGAUGAGCCAGAGGAUGAGUCCAUGGAAACAACGGGGAAGGUACAUAGUUUUUUUGAAGUGCAAUAAAUACAUCUGAGGGGACAGUGUAAGCUUUUAUUUCUCUGUCCAAACAGGAGGAGGAGGAAGGCUCACCAAGUGUGAAGGGAGAACCAGUGAAAGGCUCGGACCUGCAUGAGGACAAUGUAACUGAGCAAACUCAUCACAUCAUUAUACCCAGCUAUGCUGCUUGGUUUGACUACAAUAGGUACGAAUAUUUUUCUUUUUGUAGCACUUGUGCUAGAAGAGCAGUUUGUAUCUGUGAUUACUUAGGUCUAUCAGAAGUGUAAACAUGAAGGAAAAUAUUGAAGAAUUUCAUGCAGUGCAUAUUUAAAAAGUGUAAAAUAUUUUGCGCAGAUGAAUUUUAGCUGUGUUCUUAAAAUUUCAUAAAUCUUUCCCCAGUGUUCAUGCCAUCGAGCGCAGAGCCCUGCCAGAGUUCUUCAAUGGGAAGAACAAAUCCAAAACACCUGAGAUGUAAGGAGUUCAGCUGUACUAAACAGUGUCAAAGAUGUUUUUAAUGUUCUUCUCUUUUUUGACGAAUGUUUCUCCUUUUUUUCAGUUACUUGGCAUAUAGAAACUUCAUGAUUGACACUUAUCGGCUAAACCCUCAAGAGUACCUGACCUCCACUGCCUGUCGCAGGAAUCUAGCAGGAGACGUGUGUGCAAUCAUGAGGUGGGUGGUCGCUGAAUAAGAAUUCAAGAAUUUACAUAAAGUAUAAAUAUAUAAAGCAGUCACUAGUUUGGUUAAAUUGCUAUUUAUGUCUCCUCUGCUGUAGAGUCCAUGCCUUCUUGGAGCAGUGGGGUCUGAUCAAUUAUCAAGUGGACUCGGAGAGCCGACCCACACCUAUGGGCCCCCCACCCACCUCUCACUUUCACGUCCUGGCAGACACUCCAUCCAGUCUUGUGCCGUUGCAGCCCAAGACGUCUCAGGUCCACUAACACAACCACACGCUGACAAAUAGACACAUGCGGACUUUGUCUGUGUUGUUUUUAAUGUUGUCCCUCUGUUACUGCAUUCCUGCAGACUCCUUCCUCCCAGCAGAUGAUGUCCUUCCCUGAUAAAGUGAAGGAGAAACCAGCAGAUCUGCAGAACUUUGGGCUGCGGACUGACAUGUACAACAAGAAGACGAGCUCUGCAAAGGUACACAUUUUGAACAAAACAAGACAGAAUUGUGUUAUACUUGGACAGAUCAUGCUAACAGAGCUGCUGUCCAUAUUUGUGCACAGAGCAAGAGUGCUGCCAGCUCUAUGAGGGAGUGGACUGAACAAGAAACACUACUCUUACUUGAGGUACAAAAUGGACUUUUUCAAUGCCAGAUACUGAGCCAGGAAAUGUAAAAUAACAAAAAACAGACAGACAGAGCUUAAUGAAGCCCCCUCCUCCCUCAGGGUCUGGAGAUGUACAAGGACGACUGGAACAAGGUGUCAGAACAUGUAGGCAGCCGUACUCAAGAUGAGUGUAUCCUGCACUUCCUGCGACUGCCCAUUGAGGACCCUUAUCUGGAAGACCACUCCUCGACCCUGGGACCACUGGCUUAUCAGCCAAUACCUUUCAGCCAAGCGGGAAACCCCGUUAUGAGCACAGUGGCUUUCCUCGCCUCUGUGGUCGAUCCCCGUGUGGCCUCGGCUGCAGCCAAGUCUGCUCUGGGUGAGAAUGAGCUGAUUUAAAACCAUCCUCAGACAGAAUAUCCUGCUGCACAGACCGCAGUGUGAGCACGAGUCAAAGAAACGGAGGGGUGUCUCUGUGGUGAUGCUCUUCUCUCCACCUGUCACCACUCAGCACAUCUGCAACAUAAAGUUUAAGUACAAUAAUCCUGCUCUAGUGUGAAUAUGAGCUAUAUUAGACACUCCACAUUUCACACUGAUGUCUCAUACAGUUCUCCCACUUCUUCUUCUUCGACAUUCAUCACUUUCCUCAUCUCUGAAUCUGAUAUUUUCUGUGAAUAAAUCAAUAACCCGGAUCCAUCUCUCCUCUUCUCAGAGGAGUUCUCUCGUAUGAAGGAGGAGGUUCCUGCUGCGCUUGUUGAGGCUCAUGUGCGGCGGGUAGAGGAGGCAGCGAGGGUCAGCGGCCGACAGGACCCUCUGUAUGGUCUGGAGGGGAGCGGGAUAGCAGGCACGGGGCUUGAAGAGGGAGAAAGAGCAGGUAGAACGGAAAAACAGCACACUAUCAAAACACGUCUUAUGAAAUAACUUAUGAAGUGAUUAUAAAAGUUCACUUCAUCUUUAUUUUGUAGAUGAAAGCAAUGAAGAAAGCAAGAGUGACGGCCAAACAAGUGAAGAGAAGAGGGAGGCCAAGGUAUGACGUGUGUUUUUUAUGAUCUGACGAUUCAUGAUUAUUUAUGUGAGGCUCACUGUGCUCUGUGUACUUUACAGGACAACAAAGAUGGAGCGGCUGAAGAAGAGGAGAAGCAGGCGGAAAACGGAAAGAAGGAAGAAGAAAGAGGGAGGGAACAAGAGGCAGAGAGGGAGGCGGACAAAACAGAAUCUGAGAUGGGUAUGAGAGAUAAACAGCAUCCCAGUCAGAUAAAGAAAAUGCAAUAUUGUUCUUAUUAAAGAUGGUGAAAAGAACCGUUUCUUUUUUCUCAGGCGAUGGAGAGAAAGAGAAGGAUGGAAAAGAGGGUGCAGAGGAGGGACAAAGAGAAGCAGAGAGUGAAGGAGAAAGAAAAGCAAAAGUAGAACGAGAUGUGGGAGAGGGGAACCUGGCCACAGCUGCAGCAUCUGCUCUCGCUGCUGCUGCUGUAAAAGCCAAGGUAGAGUUGAUUCUGACAGCUUUUACCAUCCUCUAUCCUUUCUUUGAACGUUUCUCUCAUUUUCAAAGCUUCUCAUUUUUUUUUUCUAUGUAGCAUCUGGCCGCAGUGGAGGAGAGGAAGAUCAAAUCUCUUGUUGCUCUGCUGGUGGAGACCCAAAUGAAGAAGCUGGAGAUCAAACUGCGACACUUUGAGGAACUGGAAACCAUCAUGGACAGAGAGAGGGAGGCUGUGAGUAAUGGGUCCUUUGAUUUGUGGUAUCUGAAUGUAGUAACAGCUCUGAACCUGUAACAUCUGAUGUUUUUGUCGGUGUGUGUGUGUGUGUGUGUGUGUGUGUGUGUGUGUGUAGUUGGAGUACCAGCGUCAGCAGCUGCUGGCUGAUCGUCAGUCCUUCCACAUGGAGCAGCUGAAAUACGCUGAGAUGAGGGCCCGCCAGCAGCACUUCCAGCAGAUCCAGCACCAGCAGCACAGCCAGGCCGGGGGUCCUCAUUCCAAUCAGGCUGCCACCGCCACAAGCCAGCCACCCCAGGGUCAAAGUCAGCAAGCUCCCACCACACCAGCACCACAACCGGCCCCCAGCCCCGCCCCUCCAACCUCCUCUGCUCCGCCCCCUGAAUCUCAGCCAGCUCAGGCUGCUCACACCUCUCCCCCCUGUCCUCCAGGCCAGACCCCAGCUACUCACUCCAACUCGAGCUCCAGCUCUGCUCCUGGACUUCACGGUGAGUUUGAGAGUGAAGGACAAAUCAGAGGCUUUAACUAGGGUGACCAUACGUCCUCUUUUACUUGGACAUGUCCUCUUUUUUUGGGGGCCUGUGUCUGGGGAAGUUUAUAAAAUCCUUCAAAUGUCUGCGGGUUUUGUAUGGAAGUUUGGAGUUUGUGUCACGUGGACUUACUGAGUGAGAAGCGCGUAAAAAACUCUUGACCCGAAAAACUAUCAAAAUGAACUUAGUGCGACUCUGUGACUCUGCCCCCAUGUAGUUGUGUUCUCUUUUUGGGAAGUCAGAAUAUGGUCACAGACUACUUUAACAGAGGUAAAACUCCAGUAGAUUUCAGGUUUAACUUCCUUUUUUGCAUUGUUUGACUUUGUUUUCUAAUGAGGAAGUUAUUCAUUUUUAAAAAACAGUCCCAGAAAAUGGAAGCAAAAAAAUUUAAAAGAAAAAGCCGAAAUUUUUAUUCAACCGUGGGCUUCACCUGAUCAUUUUGCAGUACUAAGAUUCUUAAAUUUGUCUCCUCUUCCUUUGUUCAUCUGAUCACAGAGCCCAGCGCCCCCCUCCCCGGGGAAACCCUCCAUCCUUCAGCUCCAGUACCGCCUCCACAGUGAGAGAAAAUUUCAUCGCCUGAGGAUCUGAAUGACUCUCUGAAUCCUGCCUGUAUCAUCUGAAAUGAAGAAGUCAUAAAUUGAAGGAAAAGAACAAAUUUUACAUGUUCAGCUCUUUUCGUUUGUUUUCCAAAAAGACAAUUUUAUGUGAGAAAAAAGAAAAAAAAACAGCCUCUAUGUGGAACCACUUUGACUAUCUGUUAAAAACAAAGAAGUCCUUGUCAAAUUGGAUCUGACUGCGAAGAAAACUUCAAACAGAAGCCAUUCAUCCUGCGUGGUCAAUUGGACAGUAACAUCCCACUGAUUUGAAGCCUAACAACACCAGAGACUUGGUGAGCUCAGAGGGUCUUAGAAACAUUCUGGCAUCUAUGGAGAAGAAGAGAAAAAAGACUCAUCUCUUUUUUUUCAGUGUUUUGGAAAUCGAUGCAUUUUAUUUCCUGGAAUGGUUUGUGACAGCUCGUGAAACCUUUUGCUUUUGAAUCUCCCUCCCCUUUGUACUGAAGGUACUAAUGAAAUUAUGUCAGAAAAAAAUGCACUUUUAACCUUGGUCUCAUUGAAAGACUUGAAAUCCAUGAAAUCAAACUCUAGCACUUAUAUUGUCUCUGACCUUGUCUUAAAUACUGAAGGUUUUGGAAACUUGAUCGGGAAUAUUACUUUUUCCUAAUUAUUGUACGACAUGGAUGAACGGUCACUCCACAGGGUCAGGCCAGAAGGUCGCAUGCCUAAGACUCACUUUUUUCUCCAGAGAAGUGUGUAAUGAAGGAAUAUCAGAAGCCAGUUUGAAGGAGGAAAAUUAGCUGGUUAAAUGACAAGUUGUACUGUAAACUAGGAGUAUCGAGCCUUUUGGUGCACUUAAAUGACAACAUUUGAAGUACUGACAGCAUGAGACCAUCAGCCUGAAAAGAUUUCUCUCUAAAAGUAUUUCCCAAAUGUCCCCCAAUUCAACAGCACUUAUAGAAGAACAUGAGGAGCUUCAUGUUUUUGCAGAUCUGGAUGAAUUCAAAACAUCUAGGUUGUACUUUUUUGAAGAAUGUAGUUUUGUUCAAAAGGAGCGAAUGGAAAAAAAAAAAAAGGUCUGACAAAAUUAUUCUACCAGCGACUAUAAACAUUGUUUUUUUUUUAUUUUUAUUAUUAUUAUUUGUUAUCUGUGUUUAUUGCUAAACCAAAAUGUUUUUAUAACUAUGUUUAUCUCACAAUCAUUCAGUGAGUUUUACUAAGGUUACUUGGGAAAUGAAGAGGAUUUGUUUUGAAGCAGCUUGUUUUUACUCAGUGCAUUUCAAGUUACACAUUGAAGAAAUGUCACAGCUGUCAAAAAAACAAGGGAGCUCGCACCUUAAACAGCUGACAACAGAUGAAUAGUGUUCUUAAUAUUGGCAACAGCAUCCUCACUUUUUAUCCUAUCGAUUUUUGUACUUUUUACUGUCUGUUUUUCAUCCUCUUUAUUUGAUAUGUCAACAUUGUAACUGUGUAUUAUUACCUUUGUAGCCUAUAUUUAUCCUCUCCUCUGUUGUGAAUGAUGCGGGCAAGUCUGCUAGAUCUGCCUGAGAUGUGACUGUGUGCAUGUUUGAAUGUUUGUGGACGCAUGCCAUUCGGAUCUGUAAACAUCAUUACCGUUCAGUUUUAUUUUCAGUGCCAUUUGCUGUUUUUUGCAAAGUCUGAAUAAUUAAAAAAAAAAGAAAACCUGCUCUGUUCUGCUCACGACACAUCACGUCAGUGUCAUGGAAUAUAAUCCAGCCAGAUGAUGAAACUUUAACGUCUGUCAAGCCAGUAUUGCAGAGCUCACCACGGCUGUGAGAAGAAAUGGACUUCUUUUAUCUGUGUUAUUACUACAUAGUGUGGAUUUUGUGGUAUGAAAUAAGUGUGCGUUCAGUUUCUGUAUGUUUUUCACUAUGCUGGAGGUAGCAGCAGUUACAUUGACUAUUAUACAGUAGAAGUCAAUCUUUCCUCAGUAAAUCAUCACAUUAGUGCUGACAGAUACUCUGGCAGUUUGUAUUGAUAAAUGGUGAGACAAAGAGGUUCAGGUUUUAAAUACAUCAUGUUCUGGAAAAAAAUAAAGAUUUGAAGAGGAGUCACCGUGGGAUUUGUUUUUUCUUACUCAAGUUUUACAGACUGGUAACUCCUAACACUCAGAUAAACAUGUUUGUGUUUAUUUUUUAAACCUAUUUUAUCAGGAUACAGCAGAACAGGGAACAACAGAGUUAUCGCACUACUUUCACAACAGUUCAAGACUUUAUUUUGUUGGCACUGAACAUGCUUUAAAUACCUGAAUGUUACUGUGUGAUUUUUGUUUCCAACAAGAAAUGCAUUUUAACAGUCAGAUGUAUAACCUGUUGGGAACCUUUGCUGUUGAUCAUGUGACAAAAAAAGGCUGUAUCAAUAGUGUUCAGUGAAUAACUCGUCUGAUGACUACCCCCUGUCGGUUUCAGACAUUAAAAUAACUGUUCAGAAAAGUCA